AUGGCCGGCCAUCACGAUGACGACGAACUCGGUGCAGGCAACCUCUUCUCAGACCCAGAGGGCUUCUACCCCGAGGACGAACAGCCCACCUUCGCAGAGUACCAGAUGCUUUCGGGCCAGACAAUACGCGUGCGCCUAGUCGGCAGCCAUCCUCUCUACGGUAACAUGCUCUGGAACGCCGGCCGCGUAAGCGCCCAAUACCUGGAACAAAACGCGGCCCGCCUCGUCGCAAACAAGAACGUACUCGAAAUCGGCGCUGCGGCGGGCGUGCCCAGUAUCAUUGCUGCAAUUAAGGGGGCGCGCACAGUCGUUAUGACGGAUUACUCUGAUCCAGAUCUGGUGGAUAAUAUGCGUCGAAACGCGGUUGCCGCCGCACCCAUGAUUCCGGAAGGAUCGCAAUUACAUGUCGCGGGAUAUAAAUGGGGGGCGGAUAUUGACGAGCUCAUUUCGUUCCUGCCGGAAGAUAGUACAAAGGCGUUUGACACAUUGAUCAUGGCGGAUGUGGUGUAUAGUCAUCGCGAGCAUCCCAAUCUCAUCAAGACGAUGCAGGAGACAUUGAAAAAGUCCAAGGAUGCCGUGGCAUUGGUUAUAUUCACGCCUUAUCAGCCGUGGUUAUUGCCCAAGACAGAGAAAUUCUUUCCAUUGGCAGAGGAGAAUGGGUUUGUGGUGACAAAGGUGUUCGAGAAGGUUUUGGAUAACGUUUUGUUUGAGAAUGAUCCUGGGGACGAAACGCUCCGUCGCACCGUAUUUGGAUACGAGAUUCGGUGGGCUGAUGAACAUUUAUAA